AACUCUAUACACGUGCGGGUGGUACAUCACGGCUCGUGGUGGCAUCCUACACAGAGCAAGGAAAGAAGAGAGUUUGUUACCUGAGUGCAUACAUCGUUUUAGCCUACACUGUCUGGAAGCACCUUAUGGUGGCUGUUCUCUGUCAUUUUGGGCGUCGUCUUUCUCACCUGUGUGCAGCAGGUAUCAUUUGGCUUUUUUGUUUCUUUUUUUUGUGGAGGAGACAGAGGUGUUAUCAACAGCAGCACACUGUGGAUGAAGACUCACUCCUCGUUUUUUUCAUGGAAAGAAGACUCUAUAAUGGGUGCCUAGCAUGGCUGUGGCUCCUGAACCGACCACCCAGGGACCGGUAUGGCUUUUAGCCGCAUCAGUAAACUGGACCCCCCGUCCCGAGGCAUCUUCAGGAAAGCGGCGGUCAUGCUGUGCUCCCUCCUCACCUCUCUCUUCCUCCUGCACUGCCUCGCCGACCGCUGCAGCACCACCUCGCCCUCACCGGUCAAAGCGUUCUCCAGCCGGGCUACGGGGCUCUUCGAGGACUUGAGGUCGCUGAGGACUAAAAGACUUGCGUACGAAUGGACCGCCGGCUCGGAGCUGAUGGGCUACGGGGCUGCCAGGCGCUCCUCGCGGGUCCUAGCGGAUGGGCGCGCGAGGCAGGUUUUGGAGCUGCCCGAGGAGUCUUUCAUCUUGCCGCCUCCGGAUAUAGUUGCUUCCAGGAAAGUAUCGCCGAGGUUCGCAGGUAAACUCAGCCCGCUCGGGGAAGGGAGCAAGAAGCUGCCCCAGGCUCUCAUCAUCGGGGUGAAGAAAGGAGGGACCCGGGCUCUGCUGGAGUUUCUCCGCGUUCAUCCAGACAUCAGAGCCGUGGGAGCGGAGCCGCACUUCUUCGACCGCAACUAUGAGAACGGACUGGAGUGGUACAGGGAGCUGAUGCCCAAGACCCUGGAGGGCCAGGUCACCAUGGAGAAAACCCCCAGCUACUUUGUGACCAGAGAGGCUCCAGCCAGGAUAUCCACCAUGUCCCGGGACACCAAGCUGAUCGUGGUGGUGAGGGACCCCGUCACCAGGGCUAUCUCGGACUACACACAGACACUGUCCAAGAAGCCUGACAUCCCCUCUUUCGAGAGCCUCACUUUCAAAAACAGGACUACGGGGCUCAUCGACACCUCAUGGAGCGCCAUCCAGAUCGGCAUCUACGCCAAGCACCUGGACAACUGGCUGCAGUACUUCCCCAUGAAGCAGAUCCUGUUUGUGAGCGGCGAGCGGCUGAUCAGUGACCCGGCCGGAGAGCUGGGCCGCGUGCAGGACUUCCUGGGGCUCAAGAGGAUCAUCACAGACAAACACUUUUACUUCAACCAGACCAAGGGUUUCCCGUGCCUCAAGAAGGCGGAGGGCAGCAGCAAGCCCCACUGCCUGGGCAAAACCAAAGGGCGGACCCAUCCCAACAUUGACCCUGAGGUGGUGCAGAGGCUACGGGACUUCUACAGGCCCUUCAACAUGAAGUUCUACCAGAUGACGGGGCGUUUCUUUGGCUGGGAUGACUGAAUGUGUUUUUCUCUGAGAGAGACCUACUGCAACGGAGUAUUGGGAUCACUCUGAGGGGGUAAUUAGAGAACACAGUCGUAAUAUUUCAGGAAAGGUCGUAUUGGUACAGAAACAAGUCUAAUAUUGCGAAAGAUAUACAAUUUUCAAAAGAUUAGUCCUAACUGUAUGGAAAAGAACUAGAAUAUUUUGUAACCCAAUAAUCUGUUGAACAAAUAAGUUUUUUGCAAGCAAUUACUUUUAUAGUAGUUAUGGAGACUCAGGCAAUGUUAAAACAUGCAUAUUUAGUCUAAUCUAAUUAUGACAUGUUGGUUGUGAUACUCCCAAAACAAUAGCUUUCUGAAUAAAGGUUCUUACUUUACUUUUUUUCUCAUAAAUGUACGACUUCAUAUAUCAUGCCUUUUUUGGAAUCAGUGAGAUUUGUACUGUUAAAAGAAUGCUUUUUUUUUUUUUUUUUUAAUGCCUUCUCCUGAAGAUAUAUAUAUAUAUAUAUAUUCUAGAUAUAGAUAUAUAUAUAUAGAAAUAGAUAUAAUAUAUUUGGGAAUAUAACACCAACAGUCUUUUUUGCAAAAAAACAUUAUUCCCUGAAAUAUUAUAACAUAUUUACUGAAAAUAUUAUGACUUUAUUCUUUUUUUUUUUUAAGUGUUCCCCGUACUCCGUCCUCAACACUGACCCUAAUCAAUAUGUGGCUGUUCCAGGAGAGAAAGAGGCCCAAUGUCCUCUCAGUGGCACCCCAGAUAUGCAAUAUUUCACUGUUUUAUUUUCCAUCAAUCCCAGAUAUUUUCUUUCUGAAAACAGUCGUUGGAUUCGCAUCGUAUCUUCCUACACUAUCUGUAGUUUUUUUCAGUUUAUAUAAGUCCUUGGCUGUGACAAAGAAAUAAUGUUUGCAGUGCUUCUUUAAGAAGAUGGGUGAAAUCACGUUGUGUCCAGGGGCUUUAGAUAAAAGCAGUUACUGAGUGA